AUGCCGCUGCGAAUGGGGAGGCGAAGGCCUCUUGCUGCAGCAGGCAGCAACAGCAGCAGCAGCAGCAGCAGCAGCAGUUGCUGCAGCAGCAACAGCAGCAGCAACAGCAGCAUGGCCUCCCUCACGUCCUCGCUGUCUUCUUUGAAACAAAUCUCCCCCCUUCCCCCUCCUGGAGCAGCAGCAGCAGCACCAUCAGCAGCAGCACCAGCAGCAGCACCAGCAGCAACAGCAGCAAAUUCUAAAGCUCCUGCCUCUGCUGCUGCUCGUACAGAAGCAGCUGUUGCUGCAGCAAUAGCCGCUCUAAGCAACACGAAACUCCCCUCUUCUGGGGCUGCUGCAGAAGCAGCAGCAGCAACAGCAGCAGCAGCAGCAACAGCAGCAGCAGCAGCAACAGCAGCAGCAGCAGCAGAUUCACCUCAAGAGCGGGAAGAGGAGGGCUCGGCCAGUCUGCGCUUGCAACGCCCUCCUGGUUUUUCUGCUGCUUCACGGGGGGCCCCCCAGCCGGGGGCCCCCGUCUAUUUAUCGAGUCAAAAGGGGUGGCAUCAGGAGUUCAUGUUUGAUAGAGUCUUUGGCCCAGAUGCAACCCAAGAUGAGGUGUACAGACACUCGGCUAGGCAAAUUAUUCCGAGUGUCGUUGGCGGCAUCAACGGUACUGUGUUUGCUUACGGAGCCACAGGGGCUGGGAAGACAUACACCAUGCAGGGGUCUCCUGAGCAGCCAGGCAUCAUUGCACGCGCUGUCUGCGACCUCUUCGCAACGCUGCAGCAGCAGCAGCAGAAGCAGCAGCAGCAACAGCAGCAGCAGCAGCAGCAGCAGCAGUGCCCACCCAACUGUUGCUGCUGGGGGUGCUGUUUGCUGCAUGAGUACGUUGUCGCUGUCUCCUACUUAGAAGUAUACAACGAGAAGAUAAGAGAUUUGCUGGAGCCCAGCCGCACAAACCUCGAAGUUCAAGAAGAUGCCAGCAAAAUCCGCGUUCAAAAUCUAUCUGUACACCCCGUGGAUAGCGCUGAAGAGGCGCUGCGGCUGCUGGAGACAGGCAAUAGAAACCGCAAUACUGCAGCAACAGCAGCAAACUUAUCGAGCAGCAGGUCGCAUGCAAUCUUCCAGCUGGUGGUUAAGGCGUCUCUGCUACAGGCAUCUCGCGGCUCCUUUGUGAAGAGAGAGACAAAGCUGUCUCUUAUUGAUUUGGCAGGGUCUGAGCGUGCUUCUGCAACACUAAAUCGAGGAGACAGGUUAAAAGAAGGGUGCCGCAUAAAUCAGUCUCUGCUGGCCCUAGCAAACUGCAUCAAUGCCCUUCACGUACGCCAAACUGCAGCAGCAGCAGCAGCAGCAGCAGCAGCAGCACCCGCCCAGCAGCAACAGCAGCAGCAGCAACAGCAGCAGCAGCUGCAGCAGAAGUUUGGGGGUAUAUUCGUCAACUAUAGAAACUCUAAACUAACGCAUCUCUUAAAGGACUCACUGGAGGGCAAUUGCCUCGUAGUUAUGAUUGCAAAUGUACACCCCAACGCACAUGCUUUUCCAGAGAGCAGCAACACCCUCAAGUAUGCCAACAGGGCGAAGAAUCUGAAGGUCCCCCUCUCUCUGCUUCGUGCAGCAGCAGCGCAGCAGACACCGGAGGCAGAUCGUGCGCGUUUGCUGCUGCUGCUGCACCAGCAGCAGCAGCAGCUGCAGCAGUUGCAGCAGCAAGUGCAGCAGCAGCAGCAGCUGCUGCAGCACCAGGAAGAGCAGCUGCAACACCACCGAGAACUUGUUAAGACGCAGCAGCAACAGCUGCAGCUCCUCUGGUCUGAGAAAGCAGAGCUGGAGGAUUGCUUAGCAGCAAACAGCUGCUCGAUGCGGCGCCAGAGGUGCACGCACUCAGCAGCAGCAGCAGCAGCAGCAGGCUCUGCUGCUGCCUCCUCUGCACAGACUCAAGAAACAAACGCAGCCGCUCCUCCUGCUGCUGCUGUUGCAGCAACUGCUGCUGUUACUGCUGCUGCUGCUGCUGCUGCGGGAGCCCGAUCGGCAGACAGAACACCCCCACGAAGUAGGAGAAACACAGCAGGCACAUCCGUAGGCCCUGCUGCUGCUGCUGCAGCAGCUGCUGCUGGACCUGCUGCUGCUGCUGCUGCUGCUGCUGCUUCUCCAGCAGCAACAUCAGCUUCUGCUUGCUCCUCCUUGAGGCGCUCGCGGCGCCUAGCCAAUGGAGGGGCCCCCAAAACCUGCCUGUGCGAGCGCUGUCACGACACCCCAACUGCUGCUGCAGCACCAGCAGCAGCAGCAGCUGCUGCUGCAGCGGAAGCCCCAGCAGCAACGGAGACAGCUGAUAGUGCUGCUGCAAGCAGCACGCACGGAGAUGCAGAUGCACAAUCCCUAAGAAGCACCAGUAGCACCAGCAGCAACAACAGCUGCAGCAGCAACAGCAGCAGCAACAACAGCAGGGAGAGCAGCAGCAGCAACAGCAGCAGUUUAGGCUGCAGGAAGAGGGGGACCUGCGAAGGCGGCCGCGGCGGAAGCCCCU